AUGGGAGACUUGAAAGACUUCGCCCGCCAGUCUGGACUGGACGUUGUUUACUCUGAAACUGGCCGAGAACAGGGCAGAGGGUUUGUGGAAUUUGAAACCGCCAACGACCUGAAGACCGCCGUGGAGAAACUGGACCAGCGAGAGUUCAAGGGCUCCGUCGUAUCUUGUGUCGCCGAUAUUCAGAACUUUGAGGAACGCCCCGUUCGUGACCCAUACCGGUCCCGUUCCCCACCACGUCGCCCCUACCCUGCCCCCAUGGAGGAGUACGACCGCCGGAUCCCUCCCCCACGUGGCUACAGUCCGCGGGAGCACUACCGUGAGCGGUCGCCGAUUCCUAUCCGCCGCGAUCCCUACUAUGAACGGGAUGGCUAUGCCCGCCGGACUCCCCCUCGCCCUCGGAUGGAAGACUACCCACCCCCACGUCGUCCCUACGAAGACCCCUACGAGGCCCGGCCUCCCCCACCCCCUCGCCACUAUGAUGAUCCCUACCUAGCUGCCCGGGGUUAUGGUCGUCCUCGCUCUCCACCAAGAGGCGAGUAUGUGCCUUACGACCGUCCUCGCUACUGGUAG